CCUGCUCUUUACGUUCAGCCUUUCCAUGCCACACUUGAUAUAUUUAACUGCACACAACUUCACCGUUAUGUCUCUCGGAAAAGCUGCCCGGAGUUUGGUGACCCCGGUCCGGGGGGUCUUGCGGUGCUCGGCUUCGGCCCUGAGCCGCAGCUACGCCGCUGUCGCUGAAGCCCGGGCGGUGAUAGAACACGAGCUCGAAACGAUCCGAGCCGCGGGGACGUGGAAAGCGGAGAGGAUCAUCACCUCCAAGCAGGGUCCUCAAAUCAGCGUGGACGGCAGUCGUGGCAAUAUUUUGAACUUCUGCGCCAACAACUACCUCGGGCUGUCCAGUCAUCCAGAGGUGGUCCAGGCAGGAAUCGAAGCUCUGAAGACGCACGGUGCUGGAUUGAGCUCUGUCAGAUUCAUCUGUGGGACGCAGGAUCUGCAUAAAAAGCUAGAGCAAACAGUUGCCGAGUUUCACCAGAGAGAGGACUGCAUCCUCUAUGCCAGCUGUUUUGAUGCCAAUGCUGGACUUUUUGAGGUACUGUUGGGCCCAGAUGAUGCAGUGCUCUCCGACGAGCUAAACCAUGCCUCCAUCAUCGAUGGCAUUCGCCUGUGUCGAGCAAAGAGGCUGCGCUACAAACACAUGGACCUCAGUGACCUGGAAACCAAGCUCAAAGAGGCUCAGUCAUCUCGUAUGCGCCUGGUGGUGACAGAUGGGGUCUUCUCUAUGGAUGGGGAUGUGGCUCCCUUGAGAGGGAUUUGUGACCUGGCUGAACAGUACGGAGCCAUGGUGUUUAUAGACGAAUGUCACGCCACCGGUUUUCUAGGGCCUCGGGGCAGAGGAACAGAUGAACUCCUAGGAGUGAUGGACAGAGUUCAUAUUAUUAACUCCACUCUGGGAAAAGCGCUGGGAGGAGCAGCAGGUGGCUACACAGUUGGCCCAAAGCCUCUCAUUGACCUGCUCAGGCAGCGCUCGCGGCCUUACCUGUUUUCCAACGCCCUCCCCCCUCCAGUGGUGGCCUGUGCCACACGGGCUGUGGAGCUCCUGCUUGCCUCCAAUGAGAUUGCACAAAGCAUGACAGCCAAAACCAUGAGAUUCAGGAACAAGAUGACACAAGCUGGCUUCACCAUUGCUGGCUCAGCUCACCCCAUCUGUCCUGUGAUGCUCGGCGAUGCACGGCUGGCCACUUUAAUGGCUGAUGAUAUGCUGAAACUCGGAGUCUACGUGAUUGGAUUCUCCUACCCAGUCGUACCAAAGGGAAAAGCAAGAAUCCGUGUCCAGAUUUCCGCAGCGCACACGGACGAAGACAUCGACCGCUGCGUUGACGCUUUCAUCCAGACUGGCAGGAAGCAUGGUGUCAUCUCCUGAAUCAAACAAAUAAGCUGGAAUCAGAAUUAUUCAGGAAACCGCGCGCCAUCGCAGGUCACCCGGCCUGUUACUCAAGAUCCAUGAAUUAUGCUGAUGGGAAUUUUAGUUACAUUUGCAGGUCACUGGAGGUGAAUAUUAUUUUAGUGCUUGCUUAACUGAAUAAAGCACAUUUGCUAAAGUGUUGGUGUUUAUAUCGGAGCAAAUAAGGGCUGUUAAUUCCACACUUUUCACGGGCAAGAAAAUGUUUCUAUUGAAUCUGAACAGGCAUUUAUCCAUCCCACAGAUGAUUCAGGUGAUUGUGAUAAUAACAGUGAUCCGUUUAGUGAUGCUACUGUGCACAGAUUAUUAGCAUGUGUGAUGGUAAACAUUAAACU